AGUGACUGACCUAUCCUAUUUGACUGGGAAUCUCUUUCAUCCUUUUCAAGCUCAAUCUCAAUCCUAACUGUUCAGAUUUCAUAAAAUCAAACUUCCACUCCUCCGUCGUACCCCCGCCCCACCACCACCAUGUCCUCCGCCACCGCCUCCACCUCCACCUCCAUCCUCUCCUCCCUCAGAUACUCCGACAGCCUCACCGUCGUCGGCAUCUCCUUCUGCACCGCCAUCGUUUGCGAAUGCAUCUCCUGGCUCCUCAUCUACCGCACCAACUCCUACAAAUCCCUCAAAUCCUCCAUCGACAAAGCCUCCAAAAAGCUCGAAACCAUGAAGACCGAUAACCCCACCAAGAUCUCCCUCAAAAAAUCCAAAACCAAGAAGAUCGACCGCGUUGAGACCAGCCUGAAGGAGUCGAGCCGCGACCUUUCGUUGUUCAAGUUCAAAUCUGGCGCCGUUGUGGCCCUCGUUCUGUUCGUUGUUUUCGGGCUUUUGAAUUCCCUUUUCGAAGGCAAAGUGGUGGCGAAAUUACCCUUUAAACCCUUUGGAAUCGUCAUGAAGAUGAGCCACCGAGGGCUGGUGGGCGACGACGCGACGGAUUGUUCGAUGGCGUUUUUGUAUUUCUUGUGUUCGAUUAGUAUCCGCACGAAUUUGCAGAAGUUUCUAGGUUUUUCCCCGCCGCGUGGGGCGGCUGCCGGCGGCGGAUUGUUCCCGAUGCCCGAUCCAAAGACUAACUGAAAACGGGUUUUAUUUUGUUUUGGAGAUUGAGAUUCAUUUAGCAACUGGGUAUUGCUUUAAUAAGGUUAAUAUCUUUUAGGUUUGAAAUUGAACAAUUAGAGGCCUUUUUAAUUUUAUGAUUUUGUUUUUAAUCUGUCAAGUGAUUCAAUGAAUUGGGAUUUUGGAUUUAGGCUUAGCUUGAUUUGAUGAUAAUGUGAUUAAUGCAAUUAAUAUGACUUGCUAAUUUUGUUUA